ACUCAACUUCUUCUCAACUCGGUUUUCCUCUUAAGAACACAACCAAGAAGCUUGUUACUCUUGUUACCCGUGUAUAGACCUGCUGCAUUUUACCGACAUCGACGACCACCUUUAUACCCCUCCCGUUUCCCAUCCGUCGUCACUACGCUCACGCGCCCUGCCGUCAACAUGUUCAAGUGGGCGCAACAAAAGCUCGCCGAUGUGGCGGGUACCCAAGAGCCCAUCUAUGGCCCAACAGCCAUCAAAUCUGUCGCCGAGGAGGCCAAGACGACCACUCACACAGAGACCACCAAGGAGGACUUGAAAUGGAUUGCGGCCGACUCGACCUCUGUUGAGACGCAGAGCUUCUACCUGAUGGGCGACAACGGACACCUUGGGCUGGCCCAGAUCAUUUACAGCAACGUUGGUGGCAUCCGCACAACAUGCCAGUUCAACGCCAAGAUCUUUUACCCUAAUAAGUCGAAGCCGACGCUCUGGGAGACCACACAGCUCAGCCACUACGAGGUGAGCGAGGACCGAAUGUCCUUCUACGCCGAUGACUGCGCUGUCGAGCUGUCCGAGGACGGCACCUACUACACGAUCAAGAGCAUGAACUCGGAGAACGCCAUUGUCAAUCUUAAGGUCACCCGCAUGUCGCCCGGCUUCCACGCCGGCAAGACGGGCAAGACGCUGUUCGGCACCGACAUGUCGAAGCCGUGGGGCACCAUGCGCCACGCCUUCUGGCCGCGCUGCAUCACCGAGGGCACCAUCACCACCAAGGACGGCGCCGUCGACUUCAAGGGCCGGGCCUUUUACGUGUACGCGCUGCAGGGCAUGAAGCCCCACCACGCGGCGGCCAAGUGGAACUUUGUCGACUUCCAGGGCCCCAACUACUCGGCCGUCAUGAUGGAGUACACCACCCCUCCCUCGUACGGCUCGACGACCGUCAGUGUCGGCGGUAUCGCCAAGGACGGCGAAAUGAUUUACGGCGGCGUCACCCAGACGGCCAAGCACACCAAGGCGAAGAACGACUCCGUCAACGAGUGGCCCGAGCCCGAGGAGAUCAAGUUCACUUGGUCCGGCAAGGACAAAGAUGGAAAGGCUGUGGAGGGCAUCAUCGAAGGCCCGCUCGGCGAGAGGUUGGACAGAGUUGACGUACUGGCUGAGGUCCCCGGCUUCGUCAAGAAGAUAGUAGCUGGCACGGCCGGCACCAAGCCAUACAUCUACCAGUACUGCCCGACAGAGAAAAAGCUUACUUUGAAGCUCAAGAUUGGAGACCAAGAAAUCUCCGAAGAGGGUCUCUGCUUCAGUGAGGCCACCUUCAUCUCCGAAUAGACGUAUGGACAAAUGAAACGACGGCGAUGAAAUUCUUGGGUAGUUGUUGCCGGUCUGGUUUAGGCGUUCAGAUGGGGGCUAUGGUCACUCGUUGAAUUGGGUACGCAUACUUGUUCUAUAAAGCUGUUCUAAUACAAAUACACACUUUCAAUAUUCUGAA